ACUGGUUAUUUUUCAACAGUCCAGUUCAUGAGCUUGCACUGGGGUAUAGCCAUGCUUAAACCACGGUUGCCACUAAAUCUUACUGCCAUUCGAUCGUAUGCUACACGGAUAGCAGAAAAGCCUCCUGCACGCUUCCCAGAUCCUCUCGCCAAUGCCACGAAUGCCACGGUGAAAGUCUUGCCAGAAGACAAUCUGACAUUCUACCACCGUCCUCCUCCUUCAGCACCUACACCGUUUUCUACCACCUUGGAACCUGCUUCGCCGCUUUUGAAACGUGCCUCUAGAACAAAACGUGUCCCAAUGCCACCUCUCUUGCGGCCUUCUGCCUACAAACCAGAUCCAGUCCGGAUGUCAGACGAGAACGUUCAGAAGAUAAGGGAGCUACGGCUUUCUGAUCCUGAGACCUACAGUCGCACGAAACUUGCGAAAAUGUUCAAAUGCACGCCCAAUUUUGUGUCCAAGGUGGCUGCGUUGCCGAGACCGCAAAGGAAGCAGUUCUCGAAAAAGAUGGAAACGGAGCACGAGGAGAUCAGGGAAGGGUGGGGAGAGAAGAAGUCUACAUAUACUGCCAUACGCCAGAAACGACGCGAGUUUUGGUAAUUCUGGAGCGGGAAUGUGGGGGAAAAAGGGUCGAGUCAUGAGUCACACACUCGGUGAGAUUUCCCAUUCCACUGUGAAAAACCGUUGCGACCCCCAAAGCUCAUAAGAAAAUCCAAUCACGAAUGAAGAUUGGCUGUCCCGUGUCGAGCGCCUGGACUCAUCCGUCCCUGCCCGUCUCCAGCCCCCCAGCGCAGUGUAGUAGCAACGGGUUUAGCAUAGUGGUUACCGCCUGGAC